AUGAUUGGAUCUUCCCCUGUGAUCCUCGGGCGUGAAACCGCUCGCUUUUUUCUGCCUCAUGGCACUAUGAUCCACGUCACGGACGCUCUUUAUGCCCCAAAAGGGCACCGAACCCUGUUGAGCUUUAAGGACAUUCGCGCUAAUGGCUUUCACUUGGAAACUCAUUGUGAAGAUGGAACUGAGUUCUUGUGUAUCACUUCUCACGAAUACGGACGCAAACGUAUAUUGGAGAAACUCAUGAGUCAAUCUAGUGGUCUUGACCUUACUACGAUUCGGAUUAUUGAAUCUCAUGUAGUCGCCAAACAGGAUCUUUGGGACUCUAACUCAUACAAGCUUUGGCAUGAUCGACUUGGUCAUCCUGGAAGGGACAUGAUGAUCCGAAUUCUGCGUAAUUCUCAUGGACAUCCCUUCUUCAAAUCAAAACGAAAACAUUUGGGAAAUGAUGUCACUUUGCAUCAUGGUGGUGACGCCUCAAAUGGUCACCACGGCCCAAAGAGGACUUUGAUGUCUCCCGGGAUCGGCACCAACUUCAUGGCUGCCGCUCGGCCGCUCCCUCAAGCAAUUGAGGCGCGCCGUUCUUCCCUUGAUGUGUUGUUGACUCUUUCAAACGCUCAUCGUUCGUUUUGCAAAGCUUGCUCUUUAGCGAAAGUAGUAUCGAGACCGUCUUACGCUAAAGAUAACACCGAGAACAUUCCAUUUUUACAUCGUAUCCAAGGUGAUAUUUGUGGACCCAUCCAUCCUGAAUGUGGACCAUUUCGAUACUUUAUGGUCCUGGUGGAUGCUUCAACGCGUUGGACUCAUGUCGCGCUCUUGUCCACACGUAAUGCUGCAUUUCCAAAACUCCUAGCACAAAUUAUUAAACUUCGGGCUCACCACCCGGAUUAUCCAAUUAAGUCAAUUCGACUGGAUAACGCUGGAGAAUUUACAUCAAAGACUUUUGAUGACUAUUGCAUGUCUAUCGGGAUUGAAGUCGAGCAUCCCGUACCCCAUGUUCACACGCAAAACGGUCUCGCCGAAGCUACGAUUAAGCGGCUUCAGCUUAUUUCUCGAGCGUUGGUAAUGUGCACCAACCUUCCGAUUGCGUCAUGGGGCUAUGCAAUAUUGCAUGCAGCCUUACUUAUUCGUUUCAGACCCACUGCCAAACAACCAUUCAGUGCGUACCAGUUGGUCACUGGAUAUGAGCCUGACAUUUCGCAUCUACGCAUUUUUGGUUGUUCGGUUUAUGUGCCAAUUACGCCUCCACUGCGUUCUAAAAUGGGUCCUCAGAGACGAUUGGGUAUCUACGUUGGUUAUGAAUCUCCAACGAUUAUCAGAUAUCUCGAGCCAUUAACAGGUGAUCUCUUUACCGCAAGGUUUGCGGAUUGUCACUUUGAUGAGACACUCUUCCUAUCGUUAAGGGGAGAUACGAACAAACAUGUUCAUGUGGAACGACAGGAAUUGUCAUGGUUUGUCCCCACUCUGUCUCAUUAUGAUCCCCGCACCUCACAAUCUGAAAGUGAAGUGACACGUAUUCUCGAACUUCAGAAAGUAGCAGAUACGAUGCCUGACUCUUUCUCCGAGAUUGCGAAAGUGACAAGAUCAGAUAUACCAGCUGCAAAUGUUCCUGCUAGGCUCGAAGUCCCUAGAAAGGGCACGGCCAUCCCCGGGCUCGGUACUGUCGCCGUCGGCGGCGCCGCCCAUGGUGGAGGGAUGGAGGCCGUGGCUCCCUAA